AUUUAAUUACAAUCACAAAACAAACAUGGAUACAUUUAAGAUAUUGCACUGGAACAAAUGAUAAGCAACUACAACAAAAUGUCAAUAAAUGCAAGCUGUAAUACAUUUCAAAUCAAAUGUUAGUCGUGAAACGCUUACUUACAAGCCCUUAAACCAACAAUGCAGUUAUGAAAAAUCCCCCCAAAACUAAGAAAUAAAGUAACAAAUAAUUAAAGAGCAGCAGUAAAAUAACAAUAGCGAGGCUAUAUACAGGGGGUACCGGUACAGAGUCAGUGUGCGGGAGCGUUGUACAUGUAUUUUUUAGAGUUACUUUAACUUUGAUUUAGGCUCUUACCAUUGAUGUAGUCUAGGCCAUUCUCUUAUGCAUGAUUCCUCAACUGUCUGAUCUGGGCUAACUACUGUAGCUGAGCCUGCAGAUUAUUUUACAUAACAGACUGAUUGAUUUCCUGAGCAUGUAUCCUAGUGUAGGCCACUUUGAUGUUAUCCAGAAUUUACGAUGAAUUCCACCCGGGACGAAGGGUUGAAGCUUUUCACAUCACGUCGGGUAACUCUCAUCACCUCAAUCCCGACUGUCACCAUCACGGUCUGACUGCGGUGACCCCCUUCUCUCCUUAUUUCUUCUCUCUCUCUCUUCCAAUUAGUGGGACGUAGGGAUGAGGGGUGGGUGACCGGCAGACGGGAGUCUUCUUUAAACGCCUUUUAUUAGGUCGGCCAAUAUGGUGUGUGCCACUAACUCCCCUGACGGGAUUUAAUGUAAUUAUAGGAUUACAGUUGUCGGACAGCACUGCAGCCGGGGAAUAUUUACUACCAAUGGAGGUGUUUUAAGUGUAUAUACACUGAUUCACUGCGAGGUCAUCUUUAAAUAACGGAACCAUAUAAACAUUAUUAAUCCUGACUUUUUGACAUCGAUUAAUCAACUACAUCGGAAGCUAGAUACAGAACAACCUUCGAGGUAGUAUCUCGAGCGCAUUACGCACGACGGGAGGUACACAGUCGCUCUUCAUUCAGCAGAUGAAAACUCUCAAACCGACACAGAGGGGGAUAUAAAGUAUUACUGCGGAAUACCAAGGAUUUGAACUGUUGCCAGAGCAUCAAACGAGAGGACGAUUAGGAAUCUUGCCAAAAGCAAAAGCUCUUCUCUGUUAUGUCUGUCUCCUCUUUACCGGAAUGGAAACAACUCCUGCUGGAGCGAAAGAGGAGGGAGGAGGAGGAGCGAGAGAAGAGAGAAAAAGAGGAGGAGGCCAAACUUGCCAGCAUGCCUGUUUGGAAGCGAGGGAUCAUCCAGAGGAGAAGAAUGAAACAGGAGAGUUUCGGGGACAAGGAAAGAGAGGGCCCCCUCCAAAUCAAGGAGGGCAGGUCCCCUUCUGAUGCUGUGAGUGACCCAGACAGCGCUACACUGGUGCAGCUGGGAAGUGAAUCACCACUCAGCCCAGAAGUCACAGGGCCUUGGCUGGAUGAAGAGUCUAAACCGCAGAGUCAGGUGUUAAGGGAGACCAUCACCCCUGUCCAACAAAAUCCAUUCAUUCGCACGCAUGGCGGGUUGAGAAGGGGAAGAGAAGAAGAGAUGGCUGGGGAGAUGGGCCACGAGAAAGGGAAUGAGCAGGAAAUAGAAGUAGGGAGAGAGAGGGAAAAGGAGAAGGAAAGAGGCCAUGUCAAAGGUCAUGAUGGGGAGUCUGGGAGGGGAAGAGAUAUAGAAUUAAAACUACAGCGAUACAGGGAACGGAGUAGGGGCAGAGAAAGGGACAGAAGUGCCGGAAGAGAAACGAGCCGGGACACCGUGAGAGACAGGGAAAGGGAAUGCCCGAGAGGGAGAAAGGAGGAGGAGAGGGAGGAGGGAGACUCAGAUCCUCAAAACCCCAAGUACCCCCAUCCACUAGUCCCAGGCCUUCGUACCAUCAGAGCAGACAACAUCAUCAUUAUUGAACAGGACAGAAAGGGCAGUGAUGAAAGGAGGGGUAGAAGGAAAGAGUGGGAGAGGGAGGUGAUGGAAGAGGAGCAGGAAAAGAGAGACGUAAAGAUGGACCUCAAGGAGUUUCUUUCUGGUGGAGGGAGUGUCACGGAGAUCCGAGCAUCAGAGGUAUUGGUCAUUAAACCCUUAGCUGGCACUGAGGACUGCAGGAGUGCAAGUCUAAAAGGGGCAGGCAGGGAAGGAGAUGGCAAAGAGAAGGGAGAGAGAGAGGCAAAGUGCAAUAAAGAUGGAAGAAAGGACUGUGAGAGGGGGCUGGAGAGAGAGGUGGCGUGGUUGAUGAUGAAAGAUAAAGAGAGGGAGAACUUGAGGGAGAAAGACCGACCACGAACACACACAGCUUCAGAACAAGAGGAUAGGAAAUGGGGUGACACAGCUGACAGUAUCCACAAUGAGAGAAGAGUUAGGGUGAGUGAGCUGCUGAGUAAAUUUGGGGAACAUACAAAGAAAUUCAGGGAACAUCCAAAGCCCCCGUCCCGGUCUAAAAGCUCAGAUUGUUUCAGCCGGCCUGGCAGGGACAGAGACAAUUUUGGUCUGGACGAGGACGAUGAUGGAGACAGGAGAGGGGAGGAGAAACGUGCAGGAUUCAGGGGUGUGCCCAAGCGGUCAUUCAGCUUCUCUGACCAGGUGAUAUGCACAAAGGAGAAUGGCAUGCAGGAUGAGGGGAACCAUGAUAGGAAGGUGGUGGAGAGGACAUGUUCAGACAGGAGGGUGGCGCCUCGGGGAGAUGUAGUGGAGGGGGAAUGGUCAGAGAGGGGAGGCAAGCAGGGGGGCUGGACCCGGUUUUCAGAUAAAGAGCGGGUGGGGAAGCAUAGAGAGGGAUUCAUAAAAACAGACAGGGAGGAAGAGGGGCAGCCUGAGAGACAGCCUGCGUUGGAAAGUAACACAGGGAAAGAGACUGACCAUGGGGUCGAGAUUGUAACACGAGUGGAGUUAGAAUAUCGUAACACGGGGACAGAGGAACUAACACAGAAUAGGUGUGAGGAGGCAGGGUUUACAAGGGCCUCAGUUAAAAACACAGAGGCCUCAUUUGCGCAAGGAGUGCCCAUCAAACACGAUGGGCGAGAGAGAGCAGUGGAAAGAGAGGUAAAGCGAAUGACAGAAGAAAGAGAGAGAGGGAUGGAGAGGGCGAGGAGCACAGAGAGAGAGGUGGUGGUUGGAAGACAGGCAGAACCUCAAGUUAGGGACAGAAGGGGGUCAGAAGCCAUUAGAAGAGGAUCAGAUGCAAGGGAUGCCAAGAGGAUGUCAGAAGUAAGGGACUGCACAAUGUCAGUUGAAACAACUCAGCAAAACUGUGUGAUCACCCUCUCUGUAGACAGAGCCAGUCCUCCUCAGUCUGUCGAAAGCCAUUACAGACGUGUCUCAGCAUUGACAGAGUGUUCAACCACCUUGCUCAGCGCUGUGGCACACAGAGGAACAGAUUGGCGUAGUAGUCAAGGAGCGCCAGGGAACCAUUCAACCCAGUCAGCACUAUCACAGCACCCGGGGGAACUUAUCAACAAGACAGGGAGAGUCGGAGAGACAGCCAACGAACUUGACAAUCACAAAGGGACCCAAUCAUUAACUCAGGAUCGCAAACGUGUGACGAGGGAGGACACAGAGAAUGUGAGAGGGAGCAAAGCUUACAGGGUGCCAAGUGAGGUGAGCAAGGAGAGCGCACACUCACCUGGCACACACGUGCACAGCCACGUCUGCCCCGAAAUGUCCGUCCAGGAAGUGACCCCUGAGUCUCCCAAGUCUCCAAAGCACGUUGCCACAGUUGGAAUCCCUCCAACGCUACUUGAGCGACACAUACCCAGGACAGUGUUCUACGGUGUGGGGGAGGUAUUAGAGAACAAAAGGCCAAGCCUCCAAAGCGACGACGACCAGAGCUGCGAAGGAGAGGGAGGGAAAGGUGUGGAGAGGCGGGAUAGUUGGAGGAUCGGCAAGCCUUUGUCUCGUAUCGAAUCCCUGCGAGAGAAAAUCCGGCAGAGGGAGAAGGAGAAGGAGAGGCUGAGGAACACGGAGGGAGCGGUAGCAACGGGGGAUGAUGGAGAUGCGACUGAGGGAAUGAAAAGGGCUGGGACUAGAAGGGUUAGAAGAGCUUCAAGUUCAGAUAGGUGUGAUGAAGGAGAGAGGGGGGACGAAAUGGGGCGAGAGAGACAGAGACAGGAAGGCUCUGCACAGCAGACAACAUCCACUCAGUUUUACGUCACACAGGAAGCGAGCGUGUCAAAAGCCGACCCUGAGCUUCCUGUUCCUCUCUCAUUCUCGCAAUCUGUCAAAGGAGAGGAAGAAAGCGAUCACACGAUCGAGAGAGAGGAAGAUCCAAUAAAACAUGUAGUAGAUGAGUUACGGUGUGACAGGGGUCGGCAGAGAAAACAGGACACCAGAGGCAGAGGAGGAGAAGUAGGAGAGGAUAAACUCUCGGAGGAAGAGGACAGGUUGCAUUAUCUGCCUCCUUCACCCUCUCCUUCACCCUCAGACUCUUUCUCCCCCUCUCUUGCUGAGAUGAGCCGGAUCUAUAACCUGAAAACAGUGGGGUCCAGGACGGCGGUGUGCAUGAGUGAGAGGACCGUGGAUAGGCCUAUCCCUAUACAUGCACCCAACGUACAGUCCCGCAUAUCAGCAGAACAACAGGAGCCAAGCAGUCUGGAGAGAUCCGUUGGGAUGCUGACACAGAAGCAGCUGUGGGGUGGUGGUGGGGCAUCUGGAAAUAAGGCCUCUUGUGAUGAGAAUUCCGGACUUCAGAAAAUACAGCGUCAGGUGGAACAGCUUCAGUUGCGAGAACAACAGGAAGUACAGAGACUAUCACACGAUGACAACGCAGCACAGUCGACUUUUAGUAAAAAAACGAAUUUGAAAGCUAAAGAGUCUGAAGCUCAGCAAAGCACAAGGAUAUCACACAACCAGCCUAAUAAGGAACCUCAACAGAUGCAUCCGAGGCAAAAGGACCAGCAAACACCUCUAAAUCCCAGAAAAUGUCAGUCUAAUCCGCAGUUGCACUCUGAAAGGCCUCCUCAACCCAAUCGUGCCCGAUCCAUUACCAUCAACUCCAGAUCUCUCCUGACCCCCUCUCCUGAGAACUCAUUACACCCAGACCAGGGAGUCCCGCCCAGCACAUCAUCCUCCCCAUGCUCACCCUCCCCACCCCAGUCCCCCUCCGUCUCCCCCCCCCCUUCACCUUCUCCGAUCCAUUUCACCAUCAGAACAGGCUCUGGAGGCCAGCAGGCCAAGAGGGGCACCACCAUCACCAUCACCCCAAGGAAGCCUGUUGGAGGGGCAGCCGUGGAAUCGGUUUCAGUAUCCUCAGGACCCUCAGUCAAGACGUCUACCAAGUCCCAGAUGCCUGUCCUAACCGAGAUAGUGGAGAGAGGCAAGAAGAGAUACCCCACUACGGAGGAGAUCGAAGUGAUCGGCGGAUAUCAGAACCUGGAUAAGUCUUGCCUGGUCAAGACUCCCAAAGGGAAUCCCAAAGGGGUGAAGGUGUGUUUCGACGAGACCCAGCUGGAGCAGGUUUUUGAAUACCCAUCAGAGGCCUCUAUGAUAGCCUUUAACCCCUACCCCAUACCAGGUCAGGAGAAAGGGAAGGAGGAUGAGGUGCAGGAGGAAGAGGAGGAGGAGGAGGAGAGAGGAGUGUUUGUGUCCGGGAGCAGCAGGAACGUGGGAGCAGCGGCUGGCCUGAGAGUGCUGAGAAUAGAUGAGUCUUGCCAUCGGUAGACGUCAGCUCGCCAAAUAGCCCAAGUGAUGUUUCAUAUUAGAUUUUUGUUUCCUGUAUUUUGUUUAUUUAAAAUGAUAUAAUUAAUGUUGGUAAUCUUUUUUGAUGUUCAAUGUUUUAUUUUACUUAGGGUCAGGGACUAUUGGUUUUGAAUUUUUAAAAUGAUGGUUUUGAGCAGUUUAUGAGUUGAAUGAUGGCGCAUGUAGCGGAACCUGACUGGACUUUUUAUUUUACUUCUCUAUUUCAAGGUAGAAGUGCAAAGGAUAUAUGAAAGCACAGUACAUAUUGUAGCCUAUAAGUUUGAAUAUAUAAAAGUGUAUGUCAAUGCAAGUUAGUGGAUUACUACAAAAGUAUUGUAAAAGGGUCCGGUCAGUUUAGUUUUAUUUGGCUUAGUUCAACAACACAAUGGCCCUACUGUAUAUAAACGUUGCAUCAGCACUGUAACGAUUCAGGCUGCAUUCCCUCUAGGGCACUACUUUUGACCGGAGCCCUAUGGGCCCUGGUCAAAAGUAGUGCACUAUAAAAGGAUUAGGAUGUCAUUUUGGACGUAUUCUCAGUGACGCUUAUAUCAUCUGGUCCCUGUGCCUGCUUGAUUUGCUCAUACAGAUGAUAUAAAGAUCAGGUCAUCCACAAGUCCAAGAUAUAUUUUGAGUCUUGUGAACAUCCCUCAUCUGUACAGUGCCUUCAGAAAGUAUUCAUACACCUGGACUUAUUCCACAUUUUGUUGUGCUAAAGCCUAAAUUCAAAAUUGAUUAAAUCAAUGUUAUUUCUCACCCAUCUACACACAAUAGCCCAUAAUGACAAAGUGAAAACAUUUAUUUUUAUUUUUACAUUUUACAUCUAAUUUACACGUAUUCAUUCACACCCCAGAGCCAAUACAUCCAGCUCUUUCAAGUUGUUUGUUAAUCAUUGCUAGAAAGUCAUUUUCAAGUCCUGCCAUAGAUCUUCAACCCUAUUUAAGUCAAAACUGUAUCUAGGCCAUUCAGGAACAUUCAAUGCCGUCUUGGUAAGCAACUCCAGUGUAUAUUUGGCCUUGUGUUUUAGGUUAUUGAUUCAGAGGGAAUGGGUUAAAUGCAGAAGACGCAUUUCAGUUGAAUGCAUUCAGUUAUGCAACUGAGUAGAUAUCCCCUUUCCCUUAUUGUCCUGCUGAAAUGUGAAUUUGUCUUCCAGUGUCUGUUUGAAAGCAGACUGAACCAGGUUUUCUUCUAGGAUGUUGGUUGUGCUUAGGUCUAUUCCAUUUAAUUUGAUGAAAAAAUAUUUAAAAACUCCUUAGUCCUUUCCAAUGACAACCAUAUCCAUAACAUGAUGCAGCCACCACCAUGCUUGAAAAUAUGAAGAGUGGUACUCAGUGAUGUGUUGUGCCUUAUGGCAUUGCAUGUUUUGGGAUAUCUUUAUUCUGUAUAGGCUUCCUUCUUUUAACCUUUAUUUAACUAGGCAACAGUUCACUCUGUCAUUUAGGUUAAUAUUGUGGAGUAACUACAAUGUUGUUGAUCCAUUCUCAGUUUUCUCCUGUCACAGCCAUUCAACUCUGUAACUGUUUUAAAGUCAGAAUUGGUCUCAUGGUGAAAUCCCUGAGCAGUAUUUUCUAUUAAAAUUGUUUUAA